GGAGCAGGUAGCGCCCGCCAGGUGCGCGGCGGAACAUGGACUGUCUCCUGCUGGCCGUCUGGACUUUACCUGCUGCGAUCCUCGGCGGCGGCUCCAUGCGAUUCCAGACUCUCCCGUGGCUCGGAAGCGCUGUAAAGACCCUUCAGCUGUGUUGCCUCUGUUGCAUGUCUCAUGCGGCAACUUUAACCAGUGACAGCAUCAGUGACUUGACUCAUGAUUAUGUGUUUGUGACACCUGUCAGAGUGGAUGCCAGUGGAUCGUACAUUUCACAUGAUGUUUUGCACAGUACUAGGAGGAAGAGAUCAACUCAGAGUUCAAAGAGUUCCUUGCACUACAAAUUUUCAGCAUUUGGACAGGAACUUCACUUAGAGCUUAAACCUUCGACCAUUUUAAGCAGCAGUUUUAUUGUCCAGGUACUUGGGAAAGAUGGAGUGUCAAAUUCUCAGGAACAUGAAAUUGAGCAGUGUUUCUACCAGGAAUUUAUAAGGAAUGAUAGCACCUCUUCGGUGUGUAGGCUUGAAUACUAUGCGGUGGUGACGGUGCCGGCGGGCGCGCGCAGCAUCCAGCUGCAGGAGAUGCAUGUCUCCCCCAGCUACCUGGCCGUGCGCAGCCUGGACGGCAGAUACUACCUGACAGGAGACUGGACCAUCGACUGGCCAGGGAAGUUCCCUUUUGCCGGGACAGUUUUUGAUUAUCGACGCUCCUUUGACCAUCCCGAGAGUCUCUACGCGGCAGGACCCACUAAUGAGACGCUGGUCUUUGAAAUCCUGUUACAAGGCAAAAACCCUGGGAUUUCUUGGGAAUAUACAUUUGCCAAAACCAGCAUUGAAAACAAGACAUCUGUCAGAAAAUACAGCUACUCCUGGGUGACGGUGCAGUCUGAGUGCUCAGCGACCUGUGGUGGUGGACACAUUACAGCAAAAGCAAUUUGUUUGGAAGAUCAUCGUGCACGAGUCAACACCUCCUUUUGUGGCCCAAGGAUGAAGCCUUUACCUGAAACAAAACUGUGCAACACAAAUCCCUGCCCAGCCUACUGGUCAGCAGGUGAAUGGAGCACGUGCAGCAAAUCUUGUGGAGGGGGACAGCAAAGUCGUCCCAUUCAGUGUGUCCAGAAAAGGGCUUUCCAAAGAGAGGAGGUGGUGGCCCAUUCCCUGUGUCCUGUCAGCACCCCAGCACAGGUGCAGGUGUGCAGUAGCCAGGACUGCCCACCCAAAUGGAGCCCUGGCCCGUGGUCUCAGUGCUCCAAGACUUGUGGGAGAGGUAUUAAGAAACGGGAAGUCUACUGCAAGAUUACUGGGUCUCCCAAGGUGAAAAUCCUGCCUGAUAGCAUGUGCAGCACAGACCCUAAGCCUGAGUCUCAGCAGACCUGUGUGCUCGGACGCUGCCCCAAAAACGACCGGCUGCAGUGGGUGAUUUCUUCCUGGAGUGAGUGCUCAGCCUCCUGCGGGCCCGGCCUGCGGCAGCGAGAGCUCAAAUGCGGCGAGAAGAGCAUCCAUGGGAAGCUGGUCACCUUCCCUCAGAGGAGAUGCAGGAACAUCAAGAAACCAAACACCAACCUGGAGGAAGCUUGCAACAAGGGAGCCUGUCCAUCGCCGACGCUGUACAGCAUGGUGUCCGGCUGGUAUUCCUCGCCCUGGCAGCAGUGCACGGUGACCUGCGGCGGGGGAGUGCAGACCCGGAGCGUGCAGUGCCUGCGCCAGGGCAGACCAGCUGCUGGCUGCCUGCCCCAGCAGAAACCAGCUGUCCUGAGAGCCUGCAACACCAACUUCUGCCCAGUCCCCAUGAAAAGAGAUGAUCCUUCUUGUGUGGAUUUCUUCACUUGGUGCCAUCUGGUGCCCCAGCAUGGUGUCUGUAACCACAAAUUUUAUGGCAAGCAAUGUUGUAAAUCAUGUACGAGGAAGAACUGAUAGCAGCGUGUUAUCUGAACCCUUCAGUGACAGGAUUCUCUUCUUCAAUUUAUGUUGGAAUUACCUCUGCUUUGAGGCAAGACAUGGUGCCACAUAAACCACUGAUGGAAGAGACAUUUUUUCCAAGGGAAUGUCUGAGGUACAGUAAUUGUUGGAUAUAUGUUGAAAAAGGAAUGUUUCUUAUUUUUUCUUAAUUUGCUGACCUCACUAAAGCACAGGGUACUAUGGAUCACUUGAACACUGAGACUCAAGGGGAAGUUCUUCUUUCUUUAAAAAGUGUCAUUUUGCACUGUCACAUGUUACGAGGAAGAAAUUCAGGCCAAGGGAGCCUUUUCUGGGUGAUUCACCAGAAUGCAGAGCAGGAGAGCGUGGGAGCUGCAGGAGGAAAGCUGCAGCGUGGCAGCAGGACUGAGCACACCAUCAGAAGCAUGUCCUUUCCUAUUUUUUGUGACUGUUGACCCAGGGUGAGGAAGCUGUUUGCUGCCCAGGAGGGACAUCCGUGGCUGAGGGCUGGAGAAAGCAGCGUCACAAGCGUGGCCACCAGAAGUAAAUAGUGCACUACAAAGAUAUUAUGGUGCUUCUCUACCAGACUUGCUGCUGGAAAAGCAAGUUGUGCAUCAUGCUAAUGUUUUUUAUAAUUUUUGAAGAGUUCAUUUUCUGCUUUGUGUAGAAACUCAGAGGUGGUUAACUAGUAACUUGAAAUGUAUUCCUAGAAAUAUGCAGCGUUAGAAUAUUUGGACUUUCAAUAUUGCUGUUGCAAGUAAAAUAGAAUUUCAUAUUUCAACUAACUCAAGGAACUCGGAUUGAUUGAGCUCAAUGGUUAUGUUUUCAACUUUCUAAGCUCAUUAGAUAUGUAAUUUUAAAAUUUAAACUUGAUAUUUUUAAGUAGUUUUGUUUCAGAAGCUAGAUUGUUUGAAUGCCAAGAUACUGAAGAAGGUCUUCCUUCUGAUCUCAAAUCUCUCUGCAAAUUUUGACUCAUCCAUUACCCAAAGGAAAUAACAAGAAUAUUACAGUCCAUUAAUUCACGCUGAACUUCUCUAAACAGUUAUUUAUUCACGUUACACAAAGAAACCCAUGAAAAGAUAAGUGGAUUAUUUACUCUUACCAAAUAAAAGUCAAUUCUAUUUUUAUACAUUCUCCUAAUAGCUGUAUUUAGUUCAGAAUCCACCAGCAAACAAAAGAAUUGUAAACAUGCUGAUAUUUGUGGCUGUUCAGUAUCGAGGUGUUUGAUGGCACCGUGUAUCAAAUGGUGCCAUUCAGAGGGUUUCUGCAUAAAAAAACCCCAGCCUACUUGCCAAACCCAUUCUGAGACAGAGCUGUGUCCUACUGUAAUUUUCUGGGGAGUGCCUAUGAGGGACAUAUUUAUCUAAUUCCACCCAAUCCCACAACUUUGUCUGAUGAAUGUAGUUCAGUUUGAGUGUUUUUUAAAGUAUGGUUUCAGUGCAGGAUUAGCCAGCUCAGCACUAAUGCCAGACAGUGGUCACUUAAAAUUAGCAGUUCCUUCUGAAACAAUUUAAAUUAAAAACAUAUAUUCUGUGAUACUUUAGGAAAUGAUUGGAAACAUAUCUCAACCUACACUGCUCUGUCUUGAUACUGGACAUUGUGUAAUUAUAACCUUUUUUCUAGGAAAACGACAAGGGUUGUUUUUGUUUUGUUUUUAUAAUUGUGUCCUUCUUAUUAUUUGAUGUAAAAUAAUUAAUUUAUUAAUGCAUAGCUUUUCCUUUAUAUUUCUUUGCUCACUUCCUUAAGUGAGAACUGAGGAAAGAAGAAGGUAGUGUCACAAAGUAUGAAUUAUGGUGUAAAAAAAGCAAAAACUAUAAGUGUAAUAUUUAAUUAUUUUAUAAGCU